AAGAAAAGUCAUUUUCUUUUUAAAACUUAAUAAUUCAAGCAGAAAGCCUACUCCGUGAAUUUCAAAAUUUGUUAGAAUCAUCAUAGUUUGAAAUGGAGGGUCAGUUGACGGGUCGAUCUCGGAGUUCACAGUCUCCAUCACCUUCACAUUCUGCUUCUGCCUCAGCAACUUCUUCCAUCCACAAACGCAAGAUGGCUGCAUCUGAUGAGCACGCGCCUCCUUUCCCCUCUUCCUUCUCCGACACGCGUGACGGUGCUCUCACCUCUAACGAUGACCUAGAGAGCAUCAGUGCCCGUGGUGGCGGUGCUGAUUCGGAUUCCGAAGAUGAUUCGGAAGAGGUGGUUGGUGAUGAUGAGGAGGAAGAUAAUUAUGAUGCUAUGAGGAAUUUCACUGCGUCGAGGUUGGAGAAUACUAGUAGUGGGAGGAGGAAUAGUCAUAGUAAGAUUAAGAGUGAGGCGGUGAAGAUUGAGGAGGUAGUGAAAGAGGGUAAUGUUGCCACACCUACAGCAGCUAGUGCUACUGUUACAGGAGGGGCGGUGGUCAAGGAGGAGAGUAUGAAGAAUAUUUUUACUGACAAUUUACAGACUAGUGGUGCUUAUACUGCAAGGGAAGAGACCUUAAAGAGAGAGGAGGAAUCAGGAAGACUCAAGUUUGUAUGUGUUUCAAACGAUGGUGUUGAUGAUCAUAUGAUUUGGUUAAUAGGAUUGAAGAAUAUAUUUGCAAGGCAACUCCCGAACAUGCCUAAGGAAUAUAUUGUUCGUCUUGUGAUGGACAGAAACCAUAAGUCGGUCAUGGUCAUCAGACGUAAUCUGGUGGUUGGUGGUAUAACAUAUCGUCCAUAUGCCAGCCAGAAGUUUGGCGAGAUAGCUUUUUGUGCAAUUACAGCAGAUGAACAAGUUAAGGGUUAUGGCACCAGACUGAUGAAUCACUUAAAGCAGCAUGCACGCGAUGUGGAUGGGCUGACUCAUUUUCUAACAUAUGCUGAUAACAAUGCCGUUGGUUACUUUGUCAAACAGGGAUUCACGAAAGAGAUUUAUUUAGAGAAGGAGCGUUGGCAAGGGUAUAUUAAAGAUUAUGAUGGUGGAAUCCUUAUGGAAUGCAAAAUGGAUCCAAAGCUUCCAUAUACAGAUUUAUCUACUAUGAUACGUCGUCAAAGGCAGGCAAUUGAUGAAAAGAUAAAGGAGCUAUCAAAUUGUCAUAUUGUCUACGAAGGAAUUGAUUUUCAGAAGGUAUGCACUUUUUAGCUCUGAACAAAGAUCCAUCCUUGAUAUUAAUUUAUCAUUAUUGCAUUGGUCUAAUGUCUUUUGUA